ACAUCUCCACACCGCGCUUGCCGUCGGAGACUUCAAACAGAGUGUUGCUGCUCUCAGAGCCUUCGUUUAUUCAAGUAAAGAUGCGCAAAAGCUGUGGAUUCUCAUUUUGGUGAGGCGGUAUGAACCAUGAAUCCAAAAAAUCACCAUCAUUAGGAAUGAUCUCCACGGCAACUCGCACCACGGCCACAGUCAGUCCCCUCAGCCCUCUAACCAAUGGGAGCGCAGUUGCCCAGUCUGCAAAUUCCGGAUUCGCUGCUGCCCUGCGUAAAUUGGCCAAACAGGCCGAAGAUCCCCGAGGUUCUGUCCUCAGUGGAGAGCCGUCUCCAGUCUCCUCCCCGGCCACCAGCUCGCCAGUCACCACCCCAAAGCGGGGCUCAUUAGGGUCCCUCUUGGGCCAGAACCGAGGCCACGGUGUUCCCAACAACCCUCCCGUGGUCACCAUUGCCCCCACCAAGACCAGCAACGGCCUGUGGAGGGCUGAAGGGCGACAGGUCGAGCCGAGUGUUCAGUUGGUCGGUAGGGAGCGGACGGGACCUGAGAACAGCCAGCCGCAGCAGGACAAGAGGACGCCUCCCAUCAUCUCGCCCCACCCAUUGGCUCACUCCUUUGGCCACACCCCAAGCAGCAUCAUGCAAGACCCCCGCAUACAGAGCAUAAGUCUGCCCGGGCAGAUGCACCCCGUGGUUCCCUCGGGGGCCGUUCCAGAGGAAUACCUGAGGGCUCUUCGGCCCUUCACCACCGCUGAUGAUCUCAGACUGACCUCCCUGCCACUGGGUCUGGACCCAGCUGCUGCUGCCCACGCCGCCGCCGCCGCGUACUAUCAUCCUGCCUACCUCCACCACCCUCUGUCCUUACCAAGAAUGGAGGAGUCCCUGUGUCUUUCUGCUCUUCGGUCGCAGUUCUACUCUGUGCCUGGAGGAGGCGCCUUCCCGCCUCUCCACCCAUCAGCCCUCCACCUGCAGCUGCCUGGAGGCCGCUACGCCCGAGAGAUAAACCACACAGCUUUAUCUGAGAGGCUACAGAUGGAGAAUGAGCUCCGCCAGCGUGAGAGGGAGCAGGAGCGUGAACGAGAGAAAGAAAGGGAGCGCGAGGCUGGGCUGGAGCGAGAGCGGGAGGAGGAGCGCGAGAGGGAGCUGGACAGACAGAAGGAGAGGCAGAGGGACAGACAGCAGCAGAUGGUCAGAGCGGCGGAAAACCACUACCUGGCUGAGCUGCAGGCUCGGAGGGCACCACCAGAGGACAGAGCCAGACCAAGAGAAAGGCUCACCCCCAACAGGCCAGAUAAAAGCAAGGACUCCGACCUGCAGAGUUUCCAAGCUUCAAAAGCUCACGCCCUACAGCCCGGACUUCCCCCCUCCAUGGCCCCUGUUCCGCACCAAGUACCCAGCCUGCUGCCUUCUCACCAGGGGAAGCAUCGUGGCCCUGCCUCUGGGGGGAUCCAUGGAGCUCUGGCAGCUGCCAUGAUGACUCAGAGGGCCAGUGAAGAGGCGUGGUUAACCCAGAAACGGGCACAAAGGCAGGAGAGAGAGGGAAUGCUGGAGGUGGGCCUCAGGUCACCUGGGAAAGGGGUGGAGCUGAGGAGAGACAACCACAGAUUGAGUUCUAUUUAUCACAACUUAGGCAGCAAAGACGCUCCCCCCUGCCUCGGUGCUCCACCUCCGCUUAUCUCCCCGAAAGGUCCCCAUCACACACCUGCUCCUCCCACUGCUCUCUGGAACCCAGCUUCCCUUGUUGACACGCCUGGAGACUCCCGGAGAAAAUUCAAUCCUCCAACACCGCCUACCCGACCGCCCCCGGGACUGACCAGAGCUGACCGGCCCCAUGUCAGCUGGGAGGAGAGGAUGGAGGACGGAGGCAAGAGGACUGCCAAGAGCCCAGAGAGGUACCCCUCUCUGAGAGGGGCAGCCCUGCAGGAGUCGUGGAACAAGUCGGAGAAGGAAAGAGCCAUGCAGAGCCUCUACGCCCGGCAUCACGUAAACAGCCUCCCCAGACCGUGUGUGCCUCUGACCGCCCAGAGUGACCAGGGGGGCCGCUGCCAGGCUGCUUCUCCUUCUCUGAUGAGGGAACGCCAGAAGCAGGCUCCCGACAGCAUGCUGGUCUAUGAUGAGGUUCUCCAGCAGCACCGCCGGCUACUCAGUAAACUCGACCUGGAGGAGAAAAGAAGGAAAGAGGCCAGAGAAGGAGGUUAUUACUAUGAUCUGGAUGAGUCAUAUGAUGAGAGCGAUGAGGAGGAGGUCAAAGCUCAUCUGAGACGAGUAACUGAGCAGCCCCCUCUGAAACUGGACGCAUCUUCUGAGAAAGUGGAUUUCCUGCAUUUGUGCGGUCUGACCACAUUGCCCCGGCGCGAUGAGCUCCUGGCUCAGAAAAGGAGGAAAAGGAGAAGGAUGAUGAGAGACCGCAGCCUCUCUCCGCCGGCAGUGCGGGGCAAGAGAAAGGUUUCUUCACCUUCAACUCCCACAGCUCCCCUAACCACACCGUACUCUGCCGAGCAGAUGGACAGCACCCCCGAGCUGGAGCAGAAAAAAGACUUCCUCCUUAUGUUCAGCCUCACCCAUGUCAGCCCACAGCAGAGGAGAGAUAAGGAGAGGACAGAGGAGCUGCUGAGGGCCAUUCAGAGGAAGACUGUGACAUUAGACACGCUCAGAUAUAAUCCUUUGCCUCUCUGUAGGAGUCCUACUGCUCCCUCAGCUGAUGACUCAUACUCGGCUCCACCAUCAAACAAUCACCUCUACCCAGAGUCUCCUAGUCCAUCUCCUCCUUACUCACACAAACCUAAGUAUCACCAUAAUGAUGCAGUCAAACCCACCGCAGACUCCCAGGUGACCCGCAUCCCUCCUCCCUUGACAUCCCAUCAUGAAAAGCCCGGAUCCAUCGAAACCCAGUCGAUAAGAAAGCCUCAGUCCCUCCAAAAUGGUGUCGUGGCUCCAAUUCUGAAAAAAGAGCACAGUCCUGUGCAGAAUGGGCAGAACUGGCCUUGGGAGAGGUUCACAUCUGAGGCCUUUGCUCAGCACUUCCACCAGGCUGUGCUGCAGUCCACACACAGCACGCAGCAUAAUAAAGGAGUGUUUAGUGUCUCUGAGACUGGAGGAAAGUCUAACCGCCCGCUGCCUGACAGCCUAUCCCAGCUGAAAACGUCAAAUCUGAACCCAGCCCCUCAGCAUGCGCAUGUCAAUGGUCACCGCUUUCACUCCCCUGCAGCAAAUUUGAAUGCUCCUGCUCCACAUGAUCAAAUGUCUGAUGAGGAGGAGGAGGAGUCUGGUCAGGAGGAUGACGAGGAAGAGGUGGAAGACGUUCCAAGGAAGUGGCAGGGCAUUGAAGCUAUUUUUGAGGCCUACCACGAGUAUGUGGAUGAAUGGAGCAUAGAGCGGCAGGUUCUUCACAGCCAGUGUAAAAGACUUGAAGCUCAGAACUACACUCUGACCAGAACUGCAGAGCAGCUCUCAGUCACCAUGGGGGAUCUGGUGAGUCAGAAGCAGAAGGUGAGGGAGGAGCGGGAAAGACUGCAGGCCCAGCUCGAACACUUCAGGAGGUGUUUGACCUUACCAAACAUUCACUGGGGCAGGGGCCAAGUCAAUGGACACAUGCAGAGGUGACCUCCAACUCAGAGUCCAAGGGUCACGACUCCCACAGAGAAGAGAGCUGCAACAGGAGCAAGUCGAACAGGAGCCAGGUCACUCUCCACACUUGAAGCACUUGAAGGAGCCGGGUGUCUUUAAUGGUACCUGAUGUUUCCCGGGUCCAGUUUUAUUUCCAUGCCAUGGUGUCCAGAGAGUUUUAGAGUUCCGCUGUCUAUCUCUGCCUAUAGACUGUGACACAACACUCCUUCAGUGAAACUGCACUCACAACUCAAACUACCUGAACUGUCUUUAAGGACUGCCCACCGUUUAACUCAUAAUAUAGAUGUUAAUCCAAAAAAAAACUGCACCACUCCACUUAAAUGAGUUGUUUCACUAAGCACACAUCUGCAGCCUCUCUGGACAGCAGCAAAAAGAGUCCAGCUGUGCAGCGAGGUUCGAGUCAACGAAUCAAAGCACACCCCAGGCCUUAAACUUGACAGGAUGCACUUGAAAUGAAAUUUGAUUAAAUACUUGAUACUUGUCCUCUGUGUGUCUGCUGAAUUCUGUAUCUGACGGAAGGAACAGCUUGUCUACAGAGUGCAUAAAGCAUCUAACGAAUAUUUAAUGGUAAAUGGUUUCAAGUAAGUUCUUUUUAGGUUACACUUUCCAGUGGUAAUGUCCCUUGUGAUAGAUUAAGAGUUUUGUAAGUUUUACUGCUUUAACCAUGCCGUGUGGGAAGCCAUAUGCUUUUUUCUUUUGGAUUUGCUGCUGGUCAGAAUGAAAAUGAAUAGCAAAUAAAGGGUAGUGGGCACAAUUGUUUUGUGAAAAAUGUGAUGUGAAAAUGUUUGAGAGCCGGAAGAGAAGCACUUGAGAUGAAAACUACAAACGUCAGCGAUGUCAUUGUUCAGAUGUUUUAACCCAAGAGUCUGCCACCUUAGCCCCUCAGAUGCCCAUCAAAGUCAUUUUUAUUCCAAGUAUUCUUAAGCAUAUCUAAGUGAUUGUUCAGCCAAAUUCUUGUUCAAUUCCAUUUUAGGACUCCUGAAACCAAGACAAAGUUUCUUGUGAUAUUAACUAAUGUUUAUGUAUGACAUAAACAGAAUGUCUCUCUCCCUCUUUUGAUGACAAUAAACUAUGACCCUUAUUGGUUUUUAAUUAAAUUUUUUAUUUUUUUGCUUACGCCAGAUGAAUUGUCAAUGCCAUGCCCCAUAGAAUUAAUUAAAUCUUUAAGCACAAAUGACAGUAACAGCUUCACCAGUUAACCUGACCUUCCUGCUCAGCCACCUCUACAGACUUGCUGUGAAAUCUACAAUAUUUGCUUCAAUCAGUUGUCAUGUAAUGUAUUGUUUGGGCUGUAUAUUUGCGAUGAUCUAUUUAUUAACAUAUAUUGCUGUACAUUCCAAUGGAAAUUUACAAUAAAAUAUUU